GUGUGACGUCACGGGGCCGGUUUCCCAGGAUCUCUGCGGGAGAAGGAGCUCUGCAGGGCGGGGGAAAAGAGAGGAGAGGAGACACCCUGGAGAACCGGAGAUAUACCGGGAUAAAAACAACAUUCAUACCUGUAAACAAGUCCUGGGAGUUCACGCUCAAACGAGAGUGGAGCGAUGGACGAUGGGAAGCCGGUCUGGGCGCCGCACCCAGCGGACGGGUUCCAGCUGGGAACCAUCGUGGACAUCGGAGCCGACAGCCUCACCAUCGAGCCUCUCAAGAAGGGCAAGCCCUUUGUGGCUGCUAUCAACCAGGUGUAUCCUGCGGAGGACGACGUCAACAAGCAUGUGGAGGACAACUGUUCUCUGAUGUACUUGAAUGAAGCGACGCUGCUGAAUAACGUCAGAGUGAGAUACAGCAAAGAGAAGAUCUACACGUUCGUAGCUAACAUCCUGAUCGCAGUGAAUCCGUACUAUGACAUCCCGAAGCUUUACUCACCGGAAACCAUCCAGAAGUACAGAGGAAGAUCUCUGGGAACUCUGCCACCUCAUGUUUAUGCUAUAGCUGAUAAGGCGUACAGGGACAUGAGGGUCCUGAAGAUGAGUCAGUCCAUCAUCGUCUCCGGAGAGUCUGGAGCCGGGAAGACGGAGAACACCAAGUUCGUGCUCAGAUAUUUAACAUCCUCGUACGGGACGGGUCAGGACAUCGACGAGAGGAUAGUGGAAGCCAAUCCGCUGCUGGAAGCUUUCGGGAACGCCAAAACGGUCCGAAACAACAACAGCAGCCGCUUCGGGAAGUUUGUGGAAAUCCACUUCAAUGAGAAGAACACGGUGGUGGGGGGCUUCGUGUCUCACUACCUGCUGGAGAAGUCGAGCGGAUCUGCAGGCAGGGUCCGGAGGAGAGGAACUAUCACAUCUUCUACCGCCUCGUGUGCCGGAGCCUCGGAGGAGAUCAGAGAGAAAUACCA